GUAUCCUGGGUGAGACAUCGGGAUAUUCACUUAUUAACCGUGGGACGAUAUACCUAUACGAGUGACCAACGAUUUGAGGCCCAGCAUUAUCCACAUACUGAAGAGUGGACCCUUAAAAUCCGUUAUCCACAAAGAAAAGAUUCCGGUUUCUACGAAUGCCAAAUAUCAACUACUCCACCAAUUGGGCAUCCUGUGUAUUUAACCAUAGUUGAACCGGUUACUAUAAUAGUUGGUCAACCCGAUCUUUAUGUUAAUAAAGGCAGCACUAUUAACUUAACGUGUCUGGUCAAAUAUGCUCCAGAUCCACCUCCGACGAUGAUCUGGCGUCAUGAUAGUGAGGUGAGCUAA